CCUUUCUCUAUUGCAUCGGUCGACAACUGCAGCAGUGCAAGUGGUCAUUGCAGUGGGGAAAUCCUUGCAAUUCUACCGGCGCCGUCAAUGUACCGAAAUCGAAAGUCGAAGAAGUAGGUAUGUGAUAACAGUACCGUUAGUACCAACAAGUGGCCCGAGUCGCAGCUGCAGACGAAGAUGUUUGGACUGACAUAAAAAACUACAAAAAUCGCCACCAGCAGUUUCUCCAGCAUGAUGUCCCAGUUCGUAGUGUUUAUCGGGGUGACAGUGAUAUGGUGUGCCUCGGGGUCCUCUUCUGAUCCGACUACAGUAAAAUAUACCUACAACUCGUCAGAUUUAUCGUACUUAUCCAAUGGUAUUCAGUUUCCAGUUGCCGAGAAUGAGGUACAGCCGUUGCUGAACCAGGACAAUUUUGAAAACGUUUCUCAAAUUCAGUGGUUUUCGAGGAUUUACGAUCACCACAAGUGGCGAGACCAUCUAGGAGAGGUCGAUAACCAGAAAUGCAAAGAUGACAUGAUCACUUAUUUGAGGGAACUAGCCAACACAACUUCCUGGGCGGUGAAAAUGUUCGAUGCUUCUGGAAGAUAUUCAAGUCACUUCUUCUUUGGAAAUGAUUAUUGGUUAGGAUCCAAAUCCUCAUGCCAGGAGCUAGCCAAUCUUGACACAAACAUUGAAGUUCCUCCGUUUCCAGUACAUUUUUAUGUGGCUAAAAUUAGAAUCAAUCUCAAUAGAAAGGCAACCCCUGUGACGCGCCAGCUGAAUCUAGGAGAAUGCCUUCCGAAGUCCUGCGGUGUAGCGGGCGUCCGCGGACUCCUUGCACAGGAACGCAAUCAAGCGGCAUCAGUAAACAUUGUGGGUGUGAGGAUGGUCCCUGGGGAGUACUCGUUGCUGUCUGAUUUCAAAGUUCAUCUCGUCGGCGGAACUUUUCUGGUAGUCCUCGUGCUGAUUAUGAUUUCAACUAUAGUAGAAGUCUUGAGGAUGAAUAGAUUCAGAGAAGUUGUGAAGCAUACCCCACAAAUAGAGAAUAACAAUACAAUUUCCAGAAGAAGUAGCAGCAGCAUGAGUAGGAGUACCGAAAUGGUUCUGCGCAAUGAAAAAUGUGAUAAACAUAAAGAAAAUAAUGGUAACUCAGAUGGGCUACCAUUGAAAGUGUUACUAUCAUUUUCGGCAUUAUCAAAUGGAAAGAAAAUUUUGUCUGUAGAAAGGAUAUCAUUAGAGUCUAUCACAUGUAUUCAUGGUUUGAGAUUUUUCUCAAUAGCAUGGAUAAUACUGGUACAUUCCUAUUUGGAGGUAUUUUCUGUGGCCGACAAUAAAAGUGUGAGAAUAUUGACAGAGAGAAAGUUCAUGUACCAGACAAUUUCUAAUGCGACAUUCUCUGUCGAUACGUUUUUCUUCAUUAGUGGAUUACUCGUUACCCUCACUUACUUCCGUUCCGACUCAAAAAAAGAUAAACCAAGGAAACCCCAUGGAACCUGCCACGCCAUUAGAUCCAGUACCGUCAAGUUCAUUGUCAUGCUAGUCUACAGGUUCUUUCGACUGACUCCCGCCUAUCUCUUUGUAUUAGGAUUGAAUGAGAUAAUAAUGAGAUAUCUACAUUCCACAUCAGUAUUUUCACCAGCGAUCAUCGACCAUAUCAGUUGCAAUAACUAUUGGUGGCGAAACGCCCUGUAUAUCAACAACUUCUACCCUCAGCACGAGUUCUGCAUGUUGUGGUCCUGGUACAUCGCCAAUGAUACACAGUUUUACGUUAUCGCGUCAGUUUUGUUGCUUAUAGGAAUAAGGGGCCCCAAACACGUGAAGUUCGCAGCAGUCGUAAUCGGCCUUUUGAUGGCUGCCUCCUGGAUAACAACCUUCUUUAUAGCCAUGAAAUGGGACUACGUAGCAAGAGUGGAAGAACCGUUUGCAUUAUUCGACCAGCUUUACGAUAAACCUUGGUUGCGGAUAGGCCCAUACCUGAUAGGCAUCGUCACUGGGUAUAUGCUGUUCCGGAUAGACUGUAAAAUGUUGAUGUCGCCCUCAGUUGUUAUUGGGGGAUGGAUUCUGUCUUUGGGCUGCCUUGGCAGUUUGGUGUACGGACUGGGACGAGAAGGACUUGUAGUGCCCGCUUCUGCGUUUUAUGCUGCUCUGGGACAUUCGGCUUGGGGUCUAUCUCUGGCUUGGAUAACUGUGGCCUGUUGCACUGGAUAUGGAGGACCUAUAGAUUCGCUAUUGAGCUGUAAGCUUUUCCUGCCACUGAGUAGACUUACCUACUGCGCCUACUUGAUUCAUCCGGUGCUCAUGUGUCUCACUAGCUUCCAUUUGGAUGGGCCUUUGUCGUUAAGUGAUGUCAUGGCGUUCGUGAUAUAUUGUGGAAAUAUUGUGAUUUCAUUCCUGUCAGCAUUCCUCAUUUCGAUAUCAUUUGAGGCACCAGUAGUGAAUCUGUUAAAAAUUAUAUUUGCCUGAAAUAAAUCCACUACUUGGAUAACUGUUAAUGAUAAACCAAACCAUACUGUAUAUAUUUAUGUUACGUAAAAAAUAAAACUUACCAACUAUUAGUG